CCGGCAGAUUGCUAUUCUCUGACAGAGUCUGGACGAGAGUGAAACGGGGAUCCCCGUGUCAUUUGGAGGAAGAGACGACUAAGGACAACCGAUCUCAUUCGCUAAGGAGGAUAUCUGUAGGACCGAUCUGAAGUUCUGCGCCCGAACUGACUGAGGACUAUACUAGCUUUUAACGUUAGGCAGAAGGCAGUAACACUAAUACAAAGAACGGAAAACAUUGAGCUAGUAGGGCGUAGAAUAAUAUCGAAAUAUGAAACAUAUGUAACCUAGUGAAAUGCAAAAGUCCAGAGGAUCGGCGUUAAAAUUAAGCAUGUAGUCCUUUAAGUACGACAGGUGUUCAGCUUCACCAGUACAUGUAAACAAACAGCUAUUCAAGCUAGUUGAAUUUAGCCGAUUGGGGUUAGCUUUCUAGAACUAGUACACGGCUAACGGCUAAAAGGUAGUUUUACCAGAACAAAGGUAAACCGACCUAAACAGCCUGUUGCCGGGUUCAAAACCAAAUGAACCCCCAAUAUAGUCGUCUGCAGUCGAUGACAGCUGUUAGUGUUUUCUCAGUAUGCAGUUAUUAGCGUAGUUAGCUUUUAAGCUAACGUCGGCUAAAUGGUAUUUGCAUUAGCAGCCCAGCUUAAUAACAUUAAACUAACGUUAGCACACUAAAUGUAGUAGAAAGAAGACAUUUGACUAUACUAUGCAUGUUUUUGGCAGUGGCUUAUUUAAAUUAUAUUUUGCUAUGAGAGAGAUUCAACACUUUCAGGAUUGGUUUAAUGCUACAGUAGAUAAUCGAGAUACCCGCUGUAGCCCAGUUCAUUGGCUGAGAAGAGUAGGACUUCGGAAUGAAGGAAACCAAUUUAACCUUAAAAAUUUAAUCACAAAAUUAAUCCCAUCAAGACCCCGAGCCAGGGUUGUUGCAAAGCUUCAAUAUGAUGUACUGGCUUUCUUAGCUGCAUAGUGGGUGGAAUUUUCAUUUUUAUACGAUAUAGUCUUCGGUCUGUUUGACAGUAACACUGCUCAGUUGGUGUGUUUGGCUUGUUUGUCCUCUCCGGGGCAGCAGUCGGCAAUAGUACAGUCAAACAGACGUCAGGACCUUCUUUUCUAAGUAAUAGUCUGGGAGCCGCGACUCAGCCAGGCGGAAUGGAUGGAUUGUGAAAGCGAUCUAAAUCAGUCGUUUGAUUUCAGUAUUAAAGAAACAUAUGACAAGUUACAUAUAAACACUUUUUAGUUUUGUUGUGUAUAUAUUAUAGACUAUUUAAAGGAGAGCACCGCUUUGUCAGAGUUUGUAUUAUGUAGUUGUGUUUGAGGGCCCAGCGGUAAGCCUCUCAGCUGUGUUUUGGUUGCUAGUGGCCUCCCCUCCCCCAGUCUUGAGAGUCUUGAUUCUUCGCGAGACUUGCACACUAUUUGUCGGGUUUCCCCUGGAUUUUUAGACUGAAGAAAGGCCGUGUCCGCAAGUCGCAGUCCCCUGGACCCCAAAGCAGUUAAAAAGUGGAUGUAAUGGAACUUAUGUUCGCCGAGUGGGAGGAUGGGGAGAGGUUCUCCUUCGAAGACUCGGACCGGUUCGAGGAAGACUCUCUGUGCUCCUUCAUCUCAGAAGCCGAGAGUCUCUGUCAAAACUGGAGGGGAUGGAGGAAGCAGUCGGCUGGACCUAACUCUCCAACUGUGAAGAUUAAAGAUGGCCAGGUGAUUCCACUGGUGGAGUUGUCAGCGAAGCAAGUAGCAUUCCACAUUCCGUUUGAAGUUGUGGAGAAGGUCUACCCCCCUGUCCCAGAACAACUCCAACUCCGUAUUGCCUACUGGAGCUUCCCCGAAAAUGAGGAGGACAUCAGGUUAUAUUCCUGCCUGGCUAAUGGGAGUCCAGAUGAAUUCCAACGUGGAGAGCAGCUCUACAGGAUCAGAGCUGUCAAAGACCCCCUGCAGAUUGGCUUCCAUCUCAGCGCUACAGUGGUGUCCAGUCAGGCCGGUCAGUCUAAAGGAGCCUACAAUGUUGCGGUCAUGUUUGAUCGCUGCCGCAUCACUUCCUGCAGCUGUACCUGUGGCGCAGGGGCCAAAUGGUGUGCCCAUGUGGUGGCACUCUGCCUCUUCAGGAUCCAUAAUGCAUCAGCAGUGUGUCUGCGGGCUCCAGUCUCUGAGUCUUUGUCCAGGCUGCAGAGGGACCAGCUCCAAAAGUUUGCCCAGUAUCUCAUCAGUGAGCUUCCUCAGCAGAUCCUACCAACAGCUCAACGGCUGCUAGAUGAGCUGCUGUCCUCUCAGUCUACUGCCAUAAACACUGUGUGUGGAGCUCCAGACCCCACAGCAGGCCCUUCAGCAUCUGACCAGAGUACCUGGUACUUGGAUGAGUCAACUCUCAGCGACAACAUCAAAAAGACUCUGCACAAGUUCUGUGGGCCUUCACCUGUUGUCUUCAGUGAUGUAAACUCCAUGUACUUGUCAUCCACUGAGCCACCGGCUGCUGCUGAAUGGGCGUGUCUGCUGCGACCUCUGAGGGGUCGAGAGCCAGAAGGCAUCUGGAACCUUUUGUCCAUUGUCAGAGAGAUGUUCAAGAGACGAGACAGCAAUGCUGCCCCAUUGCUUGAGAUCCUCACUGAGCAGUGCCUCACUUACGAACAGAUUAUCAGCUGGUGGUAUAGUGUUCGGACCUCAGCAUCCCACAGCAGUGCCAGUGGCCACACUGGGCGCAGCAACGGCCAGUCCGAAGUGGCAGCUCAUGCCUGUGCCAGCAUGUGUGAUGAGAUGGUGGUGCUAUGGAGAUUGGCAGUGCUAGACCCCACUAUGAGCCCCUGCAGGCGUCUUGAACUGGCUGGCCAGCUGAAGCAGUGGCACCUGAAAGUUAUAGAAAUAGUUAAGCGGGGGCAACACCGCAAGUCCCUGGACAAGCUGUUCCAGGGCUUCAAGCCAGCUGUGGAGUCCUGCUAUUUCAACUGGGAGGUGGCCUACCCACUGGACGGAAUCACUUACUGUAGUGCUGAUAAAAAGAGUGCCACAUUCUGCUGGUCUAGGGCAGUACAGCUCCAAAGAGGAGUCAAAGCAGCUGCAGGAGGGGUUGGAGAACCUUCUGAACCAGGGGGAGGGGCAAAAGUUGAAGGUGGAGCUGGGGGAGAUUAUAAAGGAAGAGGAAGUGGUCACUCGUGCCAACAGGAGGUGGCAGUGCGACCAAAGGAGACCAUGCUAACCAAGAGGAAGGGUCUGUCAGUGAGUGGAGGGGGAGGGAUGCUGGUCCGUCUAGGUGGGAGUGUCUCUCUGUCCCUGGAGGAUGGAGGAGGCAAAUGCAUGUACAAAGGGCCGGCCCCUUCCCCUGGUGGGAAGCUGAAACUGACACAGGGAGGUGGGAAGGGAGCAUCUGUAGGAGGUCCUGGAGGAAGUGGAGGGUUAGGAGGUGGAAAGCAUGCCAGUGCCAAGAGAAGAACCAGCAGUGAGGAUAGCUCCCUGGAACCAGACCUGGCUGAGCUCAGCCUGGACGAUGGCUGCAGUCUGGCGCUGGGGGCUGAGGCCAGCAACACUUUUGAGUUUCUCCCCCCACCACCAGAGAUGCUGCCCUCCCCGAGCCCACUGCUUCGAGACUCACGCAAAUACAGCAGCAGCAGUGGGGGGAGCAAGAUGUUUGAAACAAAGCGUGUCAGCCAUGCCUCAGCUGCACUUCCUGUUGCAGACCCUGCUCCACCCUGCUUCCCUUCCAAAGAAACAGUGGUGGUUGCUAUGGACAUGCCCAGCACUUCAGACAAGGAAACAGUGCUGAAGGUGGAGCCUGUCCAGAACAGAGAUGAAGAUGUAGACUCAGCUGGUAGUAACCAGCCUUCCACCUCCACGACUACGGCAAGAUCAGGUGUCAAUGAAAUGUCUGCCAAGCCAAUGCAAGGCUGUAGAGUAGCAGCAUCUGCUGGAGCAACAGCAGGGAUCAGGGCAGCACCUGCAGGUGGACUAGCUAACCCAGGAGCAGAGGCAGCAGGUGGAGCUGCAGGAGGUGAGGGUGUGGGUGAGGAUGACUAUCAGGCAUACUACCUGAGCGUUGCCUCAGAGGAGGGAGGAGACAGACAGUUGGGUGACAACCACCAGGAUGAGGAGCCAGACAUCUUCGCAGGCAUGAAACCACUGGAGCAAGAGGGGCAUAUGGAGGUGCUGUUUGCAUGUGCCGAGGCUCUUCAUGCUCAUGGCUACAGUAAUGAGGCCUGCCGACUGGCUGUGGAGCUGGCUAGAGACCUGUUAGCCAACCCUCCCGACCUGAAAGUGGAGCAACCACAGACUAAGGGUAAGAAGAGCAAGGUGUCAACCAGCCGUCAGACGCAGGUAGCCACUAACACGCUGUCAAAAGCCGCCUUCCUCCUCACUGUUCUCAGUGAACGAUUGGAGCUACACAACCUGGCCUUCAGCACCGGCAUGUUCUCCCUUGAACUCCAGAGACCACCGGCAUCUACCAAAGCUCUGGAGGUGAAACUGGCCUACCAGGAGUCAGAGGUGGUGGCUCUGUUGAAGAAGAUUCCUCUGGGUCUAGUGGAGAUGUCAGCCAUCCGAGAGAGAGCCGAGCAGCUCCGAGAUGGAAACUUCUGUGAUUACCGACCUGUGCUGCCUCUCAUGUUGGCUAGCUUUAUCUUUGAUGUACUGUGUACCCCAGUUUGUGCAGUUGUGUCCCCAACUGGUUCCCGUCCACCAAGCCGCAACCGUAAUAAUGAGAUGCCUGGUGAUGAGGAGCUGGGCUUCGAGGCUGCUGUUGCUGCGCUUGGCAUGAAGACAACAGUAAGUGAAGCGGAGCAUCCUCUGCUGUGUGAAGGCACUAGAAGAGUGAAAGGUGACCUGGCUCUGGCUCUCAUGAUCACCUAUAAGGAUGACCAGAGCAAGCUCAAAAAGAUACUGGAUAAGUUGUUGGACAGAGAGAGUCAGACCCACAAGCCCCAGACCCUGAGCUCCUUCUACUCCAGCAAGCCAGCAGCUGGCAGCCAGCGCAGCCCAUCCAAACAUACUGCCACCAGCCACAGUGGGGUGAGUGGGGCCACAGGGGGUGUCUCCAAACAUACACCCUCAUCUUCAUCUGCAACCACUAUGGCGGCCUCUUCUUCCAGUUCCUCCUCUGCUGUAGCACUGGCUGGUGAAGAAGUGGCUCAUCAGGCUGAACAACACCCAGUGCAGAACAGUUCAGCAGGGGAGAAUACAGCUGAGACCAGGGAGCAUGUAUCAGAUGGGCCUCCUUCAUCAAGUGAACAGCAGAAUGAAAUGGCUCCAUUUAAGCUGGAGGCCACAGUGCCCAGUCGGCUGGCACUGGGGGCGCGAUGUGGAUACAGCCAACGUUGCUGGGGCUCACCUGUCCGGCAGAAGAAGAAACACACCGGUAUGGCGAGUAUCGACAGCAGUGCUCCGGAAACGACCUCAGACAGCUCCCCAACUCUCAGCCGGCGGCCGCUCCGGGGGGGCUGGGCAGCAACUUCUUGGGGACGGGGCCAGGACAGUGACAGCAUCAGCAGUUCAUCAUCUGAUUCGCUGGGAUCAUCCUCUUCCAGCGGCUCUCGCAGAGCAGGAGGUGGGGCCAGGGCCAAGAGCACCGACACCAGCAGGUACAAAGGGCGACGUCCAGAGUGCCACGCGCCCCACGUGCCCAACCAGCCAUCAGAGGCAGCAGCCCAUUUUUACUUUGAGCUGGCCAAGACGGUGCUAAUCAAAGCCGGAGGAAACUCCUCCACCUCUAUUUUUACCCAGCCCUCAGCCAGCGGCGGCCACCAGGGGCCCCACAGAAACCUGCACCUGUGUGCCUUUGAGAUUGGCCUAUAUGCUCUUGGCCUCCACAACUUUGUCUCACCCAACUGGCUGUCCAGGACCUACUCCUCCCAUGUGUCCUGGAUCACUGGCCAGGCCAUGGAGAUUGGCAGCGCUGCCCUCAACAUUUUAGUGGAGUGUUGGGAUGGUCACCUCACCCCUCCAGAGGUGGCAUCCUUGGCUGACCGAGCGUCAAGGGCCAGGGACCCCAACAUGGUUAGAGCAGCGGCAGAGCUGGCCCUGAGCUGCCUGCCUCAUGCUCACGCCCUCAAUCCUAAUGAAAUCCAGAGAGCGCUGGUGCAGUGCAAAGAGCAGGACAAUGUGAUGCUGGAGAAGGCCUGCAUGGCAGUAGAGGAAGCAGCCAAGGGUGGAGGUGUGUACCCUGAGGUUCUCUUUGAGGUGGCUCACCAGUGGUACUGGCUAUAUGAGCAGUCAGUUGGUGGGGGCUCAGGCCAGCUGCGAGAGACCUCUGGGCGUUGUGGAGCCAACGGGGGCUCAGGCAGGAGGCCCCCAGAGUCCAGCUGUGGUGUCCUUGACAGCGGAGCCAAUAUAGAGUCUCAGGGGAUGGCAACAGUCACAGCUGCAGUCACUGCAUCAGCUGUUGUACCUGUCAUCUCGGUGGGCUCCACAAUCUACCAGUCCCACACCAUGCCUGGGCAGGCCAUGGCUCACCCCCACAGCCAGGGCCUACACCCCUACACCACCAUCCAGGCCCAUCUCCCCACUGUCUGCACCCCCCAGUACCUGGGACACCCUCUGCAACAUGUCCCCCGACCCACCGUCUUCCCUGUGUCUGGAGCUGCAUAUCCACAGGGAAUGCACCCAGCCUUCAUUGGUGCCCAGUACCCAUUUUCUGUGGCAGCUGGCCCCCAGCCACCUAUGGCAGCCACAGCUGUGACCUUCCCUGGUGUUCCUGUGCCGUCCAUGACUCAGAUCGCCGUCCAUCCCUACCACACUGAGACUGGCCUGCCCCUGAGCACCACUGUAGCAGUUGGCAGUGUUCACUCAGGCCCCACUAUCCAGGCCAUACAGGGAGCAUCUCUUCCCUCCCUCACUUCCCAGCCUGGGUCAUUGGUCAGCACUCCUUUUCCAGCAGAGGAUGAACAGCACAGCCAACCAAUCAGCCAACAGGGCCUGCACUACCUGCAUUCUGCCUACAGAGUUGGCAUGCUGGCUUUGGAGAUGCUGGGCAGGAGGGCUCACAAUGACCACCCAAACAACUUCUCCAGGAGCCCACCUUACACUGAGGAUGUCAAAUGGCUCCUGGGACUGGCUGCAAGACUAGGAGUCAAUUAUGUGUACCAGUUCUGCGUUGGAGCAGCAAAAGGUGUCCUCAGUCCAUUUGUCCUGCAGGAGAUCAUCAUGGAGGCUCUACAAAGGCUGAACCCCGCCCACAUCCACGCUCACCUCCGAACACCUGCUUUCCAUCAGCUCGUCCAGCGCUGCCAACAGGCUUACCUGCAGUACAUCCACCACCGGCUCAUCCACCUGACCCCUGCCGACUAUGAUGACUUCGUCAACAUCAUCCGCAGCGCUCGAGGUGCUUUCUGCCUGACGCCUGUGGGUAUGAUGCAGUUUAAUGACGUGCUGCAGAACCUGAAGAGAGGCAAGCAGACCAAGGAGCUGUGGCAGCGCAUCUCCCUGGAGAUGGCAACCUUCUCUCCCUGAGCAUGCUGCUCAGUGGGAGUAUGCUGGCUCUGGGCCUGGGCUUGAUGAGUCCCAUUCAGCGCCAACUCAGCCUCCAGCAUUACUACUGCCAUUUGCACUGAGCUGGGCACACUCAUGCUGUUUGAUUCUGUCCGAGACCCAGCUUCCUGCUAUGUGGACUUAUAUACAAACAAACACAGCACACAGGCAGUACAAUCAGCUCCCAUACCCCAGCCCACAGACUUCCUUUUUUGUGUGUGUUCAUUCACCCAGAGCUCAAAGGAGAAGCCAAGUCAACUUCCUCCUCUAUCCUUGACAGACUCUUCACUCUAAUUUUAUCAUGGUUCAUGUUUGUGUAACUGUGGAAUUAAAUUGUACACCUUCCUUUCUUCAUCUAGCUCAUCUCCUCCAUUUUCCCUAAAUUGAAGACAUUGACAGGGAUCUUUCACCUCCAUCCUCACUUCCUUUCCUGUGUUUUGUAGUUUUGUUCAGUUUUGUUUUGAAUGAGUCCAAUCAAUGUGGUUUAUUUUCUUGCUGCAACAUUCCUGUCCAGAGUGGUAGGUUCUGCGAGGCCUCAUUUGCCAAUAGCUUGUCACUAUGGAUCCGAAUCUUUGCAGAGUGGGGAAAAAGGAAAGAUCUGUGCAGGAAAAAAAUGUGUAAUAUGAGAAAUUAUAUUGUGAGUACAGAUGAGGAUUUUUCAGUAUGCUGUUUAAUCUUUUUUUUUUAUACUUUGUAUAGAAUGACAUGUAUGCAGAGAGGAAAUGGGAAGGGAAUGAGAGAAUGUCACUUGUGCUGUUAUGUUGUGUUGGAUCCAUAUUUACAUUUCAGCCUGCCUGAGGAGUAAUGCAAACACAGCUCCAGAUCAGAACUAGAGGCCACCUAACCACUGCUGGGCCCAGCACUCAAUGUGCAACACUUAGAAUAUCUGGAUCAGUCUUUUGUUGUGACUGUCAAUAGGGCUGGGUAUCAUUUAAACAUUUUUGGAUUUGGACCUCCUUAGGACCUUUUUUUUCCAAAUAGAUUGUAGUGCUUGCCACAAUCAAGUGAUUGUGGAAAAAAAAUGUUCUUCUCAUGUCCCAUUAGAUUUUCUGAACCAAUUUUAGUAUGUUUUUCAAUACGUUUUUUGCUAAAUAUAAAUGUUUUUAUGCAAAUGAUUUCUAGACAUUUAAUAAGACAAAUUCACUCCAUAAUGCUGUCAUAACACAACUGUGCAAAAUCUCAGCUAGUACAGUAAAAAAAUAAAUUACGAUUUACAUCAAGUGAUGAAAGCCUUUCUAUGACAAGACAUAGUAACUAAUUAGUGUGUACUUAGAAUAUUGAGAUCGCAUACCCAGCCUUUCUUUUCAGCAUCCUAUUCACUGACAAGUUCAAAUGCAGAGACAGUUCCAGAUGCUUUUCACUGAAAAGCAGCUGUGCACUGCUCUUAAUUGGUCUUGGUGAAAUUUCCCAGAUGUACAUUGGCCAAACUACUCAGUUAGUGGUAACCCUCGUCUUUUCAGGUUUUCCAUUUUGUAAAACCAAAACAUACAGUUUGAAAACACUGCUGAUAAAACAUACUACUUUUAAAAUAACAUGUUUUUCACAAGAGAGAAAAGGUUUGGCAACUAUAUGUUUUCAACAGGAAGCAUGUCACAGACAGUCCCAUACAGAGCAAAGACUUGUUUGGUUGGACUUGGGUUGUGUCUCAUUUCCAGCCAUCUUCUAUUGGAUUUGGAGGCUCCUUGAGGUUUUUAGUAACCCAAAAUUCAUUGUGUCACUCACUUGUUUCUGUGAGGCUACACCUGUGAUUCUGCAGUGCCACUACAGUGACUCCCCUGUAGACUUGUCUCACAGGGACAUUGCAGCUAUAGCACUGUAGUCACCUGCAAAGGCCACACCUUCAGAGACCAUGGCUUUUUAACACAGUGGCCCCUGAAAUGAAACAAAAUUGUGGUUUGACUCUGGAAAGCCCUGCUUCACUGAGCUGUGUAAUGCACAUAAGUCCAAACACUCAACCAGACCUGUCAGAAGUAAGUGUUUGAGUGGUACCUUCCCUUAGUGUGGUUAGCUCAUAGACCAUGGUGCUGUUACUUUAGGACAUGUUGACGUUCCAACUCUGUCUAGGCAGCUGCUGUGGUUCUGAACCCGCCUCUCUGAUUGGCUCUGGACCUAACAGGUGAAGGUUACUUAGUAGAAAAUGUACUGUGAUAUUUUUGUAUUCCUCAAAAAGUGUAGCUUGAUUGAAAAGUUCUAUAUGUGCUGAUUGCAAAAAGUUCUAAUUUAGAGUGAAAAGAAUAAAAAAAUAUUAAAGCAAUACUAAAAGUGUAGAGUUUACUU